CAACAACCAUUCCCCCACCCAUCCAUUCCAUCAACCUUCACCGGACCAAGUCAACUAUUAUACAUAUAUAAUGGUCCCACCCAAGAAGGUCGCAAUCAUAGGCGCCGGCCCCUCCGGCCUCGUAACCGCCAAAACGCUCCUGCACAGCUUCCCCGAAGGAACAUUCAUCCCAAGCGUAUUCGAAAAGAACCACCGCAUCGGCGGGCUCUGGCCCGCCGGCAUCAGCAGUCACGGAGGAGACCAGCCACAGAUCAACCCAUGGAUCCGGACGAAUCUGAGUCGGUUCACGGUUGCGUUUUCCGAUCUGGCGUGGGAGUCGGUGGUGGGGGAGGAGGAAUUGUCGAUGUUUCCGCAGGCGAGACAGGUGGGUAUGUAUUUGGAGAAAUAUGCGGGGUUGUAUAUUCCGAAGGGGGUGUUGAGGUUGGGGAAGGAGGUUGUGCGGACGGUGAGGGAGGUGGAUGGGGUGGGGGGGAGGUGGACGGUGCAGUGGGUUUCGAAGAGGGUUGAUGGUGAUGGGGUGCUGUGUGAGGGUUCCGAGGUGGAAUCGGAACAGUUUGACUAUCUCGUCGUCACGUCGGGUUACUUCGCCAAAGCACACUUCCCGGAUAUACCUGGUCUGGCGAGUGUUGCUGAUAAGGUCGUUCAUAGCUCCGAAGUGCAGACUACGAACGGUGUGCAACAGCUGCUGGAGAGGACGGGGUCCAAGGGAGGCAAGGUGGUGGUCAUUGGGGGGAGUAUGUCGGGUGUGGAAGCUGCUUCGACAGUAGCGCUCAACCUGUCCACGAUGGACUUCAGACCACCUGUGGUUCAAUCCGGAAGAGAGUUCGAAGUACACCAUAUCUGCUCACGACCCUUCUGGACGGUGCCUACCUAUCUUCCUCAUACAGGCUUCCAGGAUACCAAAGAUUCACAAAUUACGCAAUUUCUGCCCCUGGACUUCGUGUUCUACGACCUAGCUCGACGUCCUCCUGGCCCAGUCGAAUAUAAUCUCACACCACUCUCCACACAACAGAUACGCAAAUCGAAUGCAUAUUUCCGUUCCCUUCUUGGAGACGACUAUGCGAAAAUUGGCAGUUUCGGGAUUGAUAGCAAUGAGAACGACGAUCCACAGCCACCUUGGAUAGCCAUAGGCGACGACUACGCAGAGUACGUCCGCUCUGGCUUCAUCAAAGUUACCAUAGGCCGAGUCUCCAGCAUUGACAGCUCAUCAACACUCACCAUCACUCUCCCCAACAGCGAACAACAGACCAUAUCCGACAUCACCGCCAUCAUAACAGCCACCGGCUAUACACCCUUCUCCGCCCUCAGCUUCCUCUCACCCUCCGUCCUCUCAACCCUCGAAUACUCCACCAAAGACCCCUUCCUCCCCCUCAUCCUCGACGGAAAAGGCACCUCACACGCCGACAUCCCCGACCUCGGCUUCGUCGGCUUCUACCGCGGACCCUACUGGGGCGCGAUGGAAAUGCAAGCCCGCAGCCUAGCCAGCACAUGGGCCAGAGACUCCGGCCCCUACUUCUCCCACGAACAACUCCUCCAAAGAUCCACCGAACGAGACUUCCUCCGCUCCCUCCGAUCAAACAACCAGGGCUCCCACCGCAGCCAAUUCCCCAUGGGCGACUACAUCGGCCUCAUGGAAUCCCUCGCCCGGGACCUAAACAUCCCCCGAGCCCCAAUAUCAACCAACGACCCCGACUCCAACCCCAACCCCAGCCCCGUCAUCCCCUCCCGCUACAUCCCCUCCCCCUUCCUCACCCACAACCCCGAAGACCGCCUCUCCACCCUCGUCGACCGCCAACGCACCUCCACCCUCCAAUCCCUCCAAAACACCAUCAUCCCGGGCCCGAGCAACUACAACCUAGGCAUGGGCAAUACCAUCUUCCGAGCCCUCCACGGCGCAUGGAAAUACACCCGCACCAUCACCACCACGACCAUGUCCUCCUCCUCUACCACCUCCAUCUUCCCCACCACCCCUCACCCCACAUCCCCCUCCUCCACCACCACCACCACCGGCCACGCAACCUUCCACCCCCGCCGCACCUCCAGCCCCGGCUACGAAAAGGAAUACGUCUACGACGAAAUCCCCACCGAAUCCCUCAAAUCCAAAACCCGAUCCAUCUACCGUCUCGUAGAAGGGACCUGGUCAAAAACGAACGGCCAGAUCUUGAUCUGGAACGUGGAUAUGGAUCCUUAUCAUGCGGGGUCGUUCUCGCAUGGUGUGAUUGUUGGAUUGGCGGAGGAAAAAGACGAGAAGGCGGAGGUGGGGAUGGGGAGGUAUGUGGUUCGUGCGACGGCGGGGGGAAUACCGAUUCAGAGGGAGAGGGCGUUUGAGCCGCGGUAUGAAUAUGUUUUUGUUUUGGAGGGGGUGUCGGUUGUGGAGUGGGUGUGUUUGUUGAGGGAGAGGGUGGGGGGUGGUGGUGGUGGUGUGGUGGUUAGUAGGACGGUGUAUACCCGGUGA